AUGGCGCUCUCUCAUCUUCUUCGACCGAAAUCAGUCUUAAAAAUUGACAGAUACGGAUUUCCAAAACCCAUAAGAUGGUUCUCUUCCCAAUCUUCUGAUAUUGAGCUUGGGAAGUCAUCAAAAUUGAAGAAAACGUUUAUGCCAAGGGAAGAAAGGGCUGUGGCUGCAGAGUCUUUUGUAAAGAGGUACAUGGAAACAAAUCAAGGAGUCUUUCCCAAGGCAAGCCAUAUUCAAAAUGAGGUGGGUGGAUCAUGGCACACUGUGAAAGCAAUUCUUUGCAACAUAAAAGAUAAGAUACUCAGAACUCCUGUAUCGGAUAAUCACUACGUUAUUGAUGCUUCAGCUACUGCAGAAGAGACUGCAUCUUCUGCAUUCGUGACCUAUCAUUCUCUAGUUCAUGACCAUUCUGGCUCUGUAGUCAACACAGACCAGGUGCUACAACCUCAGGAUAAAGAUGUAAGUUUUGGACAUUCUACAACAGCGGCAGCAGUGGAUGCUUCUUCUGCUUUGAUAGUUGAACCAACAGCCUCAGAUGCUACUAAUAUGCAUAAAACUUCUGGUUCAUGUGAGCUUCAAACAACAUCUACUGUUCAGUGUACAAAUUCUGGAUUAGACAUUCAUGCAAGUCAGACAGAUGCAUCAGAAAAAGUUGACGUUCGCUUAAGUAUGAAAUACAAUUCUGAGAGCAUGGUUCAACCGAAUGCUGUUACAGAUAAUUCACAGCUUGAGUUGGAUAGCCUAUGCAUACAACCUAAAGAAUCAGUCUCAAACAUGUCUGAAACUUCAGAUAAUGGUCAUGUUUCAAGUUCUGAGAAGUUGUCUCACUUUGAACAUGAUAAAAUGAAUUCGACUGGCUGUCACAAGUGGCAAGAGAAUAAAACAAUGAGUUGUGUCCCAUCUCCAAAUUCGAGUGUUGAAAUCAGUCCGAAGUCUACUUUACCUGAUAAUUCACAGAAGGUCGGCAGCCUAGCAGAUAUCUUUAAGAAGUUUAAAGAUGAUGCAUCAGUUGCUGAUGCCAAGAAUGGAAAAUUGGAAUCUAAGGCAUCACUCUCUAGCACACUUCUUAGUCAUGGAAAAGAUAGCAAUUCACAAGUUGAUGCCAAGAAUGGAAAAUUGGAAUCUAAGGCAUCACUCUCUAGCAUACUUCUUAGUCACGGAAAAGAUAGCAAUUCACAAGUUGAGAGUCCUCAGGCAUCACUCUCUAGCAUACUUCUUAGUCAUACAAAAGAUAGCAAUUCACAGCUUGAGAGUCUGUUCUCUUCUGAUAUUCUACUGCCAAGUAAAUCCAUUAAUAAAUGCCAGGAUUUUCGUACAAAUAAGUUGGUUUCUGGUGGAUCUGAAAAUCAAAGACCUGAAGGGGAAAUGAUUGGAUCCAGCGUGACACAAACUGUUAUUCCCAAUAUGGCUGAAUCGUUCACUGGUUCUGGGAACUUUAUGGGUUUUGGAGGCACGAAAAGAGUGAAUAACCGAGUAUCAGAGUUCAUUACCAACAAAAAGAAAGAUAUUUCUAUGCGCACUCUCUUUGAGCAUUUAGAAGUGCCUGCACGGAAGAAUGAUACCACAAGAUCUGAGAUAAAGGAAUUAGUUGAGAGGAUCAAGGGGCUUGCAGGAGAGCCAUCCAUUUUAAGACAAAAGGAUAAUGUUUCUUCUUGUAAGACAGAUGAAAAUAGUCAGAAGAGCCAAUUGGGGUUUCAGUCACUGGCUAGUUUCAACAAUUGUGACAAGAAAGAAAGAAAGAUGUCAUCAGAUUGCCAUGCUGAUCAUAGAACAAGCAAGAAUGACGACCCACUUAUGGUACUACCUGUAGGUUCAAGGACUCAGGAUGAUGCAGGAAAUAGUACAGGUUGCAGCAAGCAAAGAGGACAUACACAAUUUGCUGUUCUGAUGGACAAAAAGGAGUUAAAGGAAAUACAGAAUAAAUUCUUGGUAAUGGAAGAGCUAGGUCAAAACAAGGCAGUAGUGAAGUUCCUGUCAACAGAUGUGCAAGAGAAUAAUAUAGUUAAGGCCUUCCAGCAUUGUGGUGAUAUCUUGAAGGUUGAAAUUUGGUCCUCUGAAGAGGAUUUCUAUAGGUCUGCUACCAUCUAUUUUAAGACAAGAGAAGGGUUGCGAAAUGCUCUUGAAGAAACUGACAUAAUGGUGACAAAUCGGAAUGUCACUGUGGAAGCUGCUGCUUCUGCGGAAGACAAAUCAUACAGAACCUCCAUCCCUAGUUUGAUUGGUGACCCAGAUGUCCCUGCAGGCUUGGUGAAGAAUCCAACGAGGACUAUCAAGAUAACACAGUUGACCUGCGACAUUAGCUCAGAUGAUGUAAUUGCAGCUCUGACAUCCUGUGGGAGCAAAGUUACUGGCUUCUUCUUAGGUGCACUUGAUUCUGUAGCUUUUGUGGAAUUUGAGACAGAAGAUGGCAAAGAAAUAGCUCUUGCAAAACAUUCUCUUGAUGUACUGGGGAAGCGAUUACAAAUAUCUCGAAUUGAUGCACCAAGAACGACGGCUGUAAGAGUUUUGUACAACCAGAGUGUAAAAGGAAGCAAGAUUAUUCAAGUGUGCAAUUCUCUUGGGAAAACCAGGUUUGUCCGUAUGAGAAGCCCAGGCAUCAUGGAUAUACACUUCAAGCUUGCAGAGUGGCCAAACAUGUUAAAGAUCCUAAACAGACUGAAUGCAGUUGCAAUAGAUGGUCAAACAUUGCUAGCUCAGCCUGCAAGUGUCUUCCCUCCGGAUAUCCUUCAAAUUCUAUGGAGCCAUCCGGAGGAAAGAAAGCAUGUAAAGACUGUGGUGCAAAAGCUGCUGCAAGAACUGGGGGAGGAUGUAGUACAUAAAGUUGGGCUUACUGAUCUUGCAGACUUCUAUUGAGAUGGAUGAUUAAGAGUAUCCUUACUAGGUUCUUGAUUUUAAAGAUGUUCACGUUCUCGACAAGUUAAAACUUUUUGGGAUCAAGAGUAACUGAUGAGCAACUGAAUUUCCAUAGUACAGUUUAGAUGCAGGUAAAAUUUUGUAGUACAGGGUUAUCAAGAACAUGAUAUUACCACCACUCCUACAAUGUCUCAACCGUAAUUAGAGCUUUUCUGUGGCAAUCUUUUUAGUGUUAUUUAGCGCAUACGAUUUAGAUAUCAUGCUUUGAUUUGGUAUACAUCUCUUUUGAAAUUGAGUUGCACAUUUGUAAUUGGGAAUUUGGGAUCCUCUAUAGCCAGAAAAUGGUCAAUUAGGCUAGCUAAAGUUGGAUGAUGAUAUUAAUUG